CACCCUGAAUUCAAAAAAUUCUUAAGUUCCAACUUUUGUUCUUCCUUUUCAUUUAACGUUUUAUAAUAGUUCAUAAUGUCACAAUCUAAACCAAGUUCAAAUGAGGGUGAAAGUAGUGGAAAUGAAUCUGCUAUUCGUGUUACAAUACCAAAAGUAUAUAAGUAUCUGACAAUAGUUCAAACAGGAACUGCCGUAGUUUUUGGCACUUUUCUUGUAACUCAUUUGAGUGCACCAGCCUUAUCUGUUAUCGGCGGUAUAGAUUUAACAAAUAAAACGAUUGUAUUUGGUAGAGUUUAUUAUCAAAAUAAAUUCCUAGAACCAAUAGUAGUAUUUGGAGCAUUAAUCGGACAUGUAGCUGCUGGUAUAGCAAAACGUAGUAUUAAAAUUUAUUGGAAAUAUAAAAAACAAGAUGCAAUAUUUCUUACAGGAGAAAUUCAUGAAAAAGUCGAAAGAAUGACUACGGACGAAACGGAUGAACGAGGAGUAGUUGUAAGACAAAAAAUCAAGACUAAAACUACAAGAACCAUCUCUGGUUCUUAUAUAACAAAAGCGUUGAGUUCGUUACUUCCAAGCCAUCAUACAAUUGGUUAUAUCUUAAUUCCUUUUGUAUUUGGUCAUUCUUAUGUUAACCGUAUUUUACCUAAACGUCAUUUUGGUGAUUCUUCUUUAAUUAAUGCUACUUAUAUUACACUUUGUCUUCGAAAAUGGCCACGCUCUUCAUAUUUUGUUUUAUCUGCUUUAAUUGGUCUAACUGCUUAUCAUGUUACUAGUGGUGCCCCAGUUGCUUACAAAAUAUUGAGGGGUUGUUUGUCCAAGAAAAAUGGCGAAAAACUUCAACCUGAUUCUGUAAAAAAGAAAGACCGUCUUUUAAGAAAUGGGUUGAUUAUCACAUCAGUUGGUAUAUUAACUGCUGGAUUACUUGUCAUUGGUGGAAAAUUUGGCAAGGAUCCUAGAAUUCCUUUACGUACUGAAUAUUUGAAAGUUUAUGGUCAAAUAUAUCCACAAAGUUGGGUAAGAUAUUAGAUCAUAUGUUCUUAAAAUAAUAAUAAUAUUCUAUUUGUCAUUAUAUAUAAAUAAAUUAUUACAGUACUAUUAAUUAUUAUAUUGAUGAUGUAAUGAAUAAUUCCUAAAGAAUUUGUAUAAUAAAGUUUAAUUAAAUAAUCCUUUCAGCUUCAUAAAAUAA